AUGUCGUGUCUUGACGUUUUAGCCAGCCACCACGGCCACAGUGUUGUCUUGUCUGAAACUGGGUCAUUUGCCUAUUGGACCGGUGAGAUGGGGUCCGGCGCUCGAGGUGAGUGCCCGGUGCAUUCGCUUCAGGCGCUCCGUCGGUCGGCUCUGUCACGCCUCCACCGGGCCUACACAACUCAGUUUUCCGACUGCAUCGCUAUUGGUGGUUUUUUUUCCUCUCUGCCGCAGCCUUUCAGCCCUCCUCCAACCACCAGUUGA